AUGCCACCGAAGGCUACAAGUUCUCUAUCUGAACGUGUCAGUUCAUCGGCUGACAGAGAUGAAUUGCUCGCCGUAUUCAAUCGUUAUGCACAUCAUGAACGUCUUGGCGAACGUUACAUGACACCACAUGAAUUCCUACAAGAUUACUUGGGCUAUUUGAAAGGCGAUAAUAUCGAUCCAACGACACUCGAUAUUCUCUCGGCAUUAGUUGAUUUAAAUAAAGAUCAAAGAAUUACUAUAACUGAAUUUGUCAACUUUGAAUCGUUGCUAUUAGCACCGGAUUCUCUCUAUCGUCUUGCUUUUCAAUUAUUCGAUCGACAGGGUCAAGGCUUUAUCACGUUCGACGAUUUCCGUUACAUUAUCUCGGCGACGAAACAAUUCAAAGAAUUCCCAUUCGAUUUUAAUUCGGAAUUCGUUUCCACACACUUUGGUGCUAAACGGCAACGGCAAGUCACCUACAAAGAAUUCACCCAAAUUCUGCUCGACUUUAUCGACGAACAAACGAUUCAAACGUUUCGAAAAUUCGACAAAGCAAAUGUUGGAUACAUUUCGUUGAAAAAUUUUGAGACGAUUCUGAAAGAAUUACGCCAGUAUCAACUCUCCGAAUCCAUCUCAAUUCAUUUGAAUGAUGUUGUCAAACUAUCCAACCCGACAACAUCAACAAAUCAAAUCUCCUAUCCAUAUUUUAUUGCAUUUCUACAAUUAUUAUCCAAUAUUGAAUCGAUGCGAAAGAUUUAUUUAGCUAUAUGCGAAAAGAAAGCUCUUGCGUAUCGAUCGGCAACAAUUACAAAAGAAGAAUUCUUAACCGAAGCUCAGCAUUUUCCUCGAACAACACCUUUACAGAUUGAUAUUCUGUUCGCCAUCACACAUUUGUUACAUAAAACAAAUCCUGCUCAUGAGAAUGAUCGACAUUAUAUCGAAUCAAAUGAUUUUGAUUUAAUCUCCGCGCAUGAGCAUUUAUUACCGUAUCGACUACGUACGGAAAUUGUCGAUGAGUGUUAUAAGGUCGAACACCAAAGUAUACUUCUUAAAGUUUUGGAAAGUGGUUAUCGUUUCGCAUUGGGUAGCAUUGCUGGUGCUGUUGGAGCAACAGCUGUAUACCCGAUUGAUCUUGUUAAAACUCGUAUGCAAAAUCAGCGUAGUACGAGUAUUGUUGGUGAACGUCUGUAUCGAAAUUCAAUUGAUUGUUUCAAAAAAGUUGUUCGAUAUGAAGGCGUUUUUGGUUUAUAUCGAGGAUUAAUUCCUCAAUUGGUUGGUGUUGCACCAGAAAAAGCCAUCAAAUUAACAGUCAAUGAUUUCAUUCGUGAUCGUUUAACAUUAGCUGAUGGAACGAUCCCUCUUUGGGCUGAAAUCGUUGCAGGUGGAUGUGCGGGUGCAUCUCAAGUAGCAUUUACAAAUCCUUUAGAAAUCGUGAAGAUUCGUUUGCAAGUAGCUGGUGAAUUACAAUCCGCUCAUCGUCCGGUAGCAAGUGAAGUUGUUCGUGAACUUGGUCUUCGUGGUUUAUACAAAGGUGCUCGUGCUUGUUUCCUUCGAGAUAUCCCAUUCUCAGCUAUCUACUUCCCUGCAUAUGCACAUACGAAAAAGCGUUUUGCUGAUGAACAUGGUUACAACGAUCCAAAAAGUCUAUUCAUUUCUGGUCUGCUUGCUGGUAUACCUGCAGCGGGUCUCUGCACACCAGCAGACGUUGUUAAAACACGUCUGCAAGUACAAGCACGAAAGGGGCAAACGAAGUAUGACGGGUUAGUUGAUGCGUUCAAGAAGAUUUAUGUUGAAGAAGGAUGGAAAGCUUUGUGGAAAGGCGCUGGUGCGCGAAUGUUUCGUUCGUCUCCACAAUUUGGUUUUACAUUGUUGACCUAUGAACUGCUUCAACGUGCGCUCAAUGUUGAUUUUCAAGGUAGAAAACUGGAAGGAUCAAAACACCUUGAUCAACAACAGUACUCGCCAAAAUCGCGCGCAUCAAUCAUACUCUCACGUAAUCCCGAUCACGUUGGUGGUUUUCAUCUCGCUCAAGCAACAUUUGAAGGAAUCGAAACUCGUUUUGGUCUUGCAUUUCCCAAAUACAAAUCUUCCUCGUCUCCAUCAAAUGAACCACCUUCGUCUCUACCUCCCCUGUCGACGUUAAUUGGUGUUCCUGUUCCUAAACUUUCAAGUCCACAUUAG